UUAUUUUGAAGGGGCGUCUGUUGGGUCACGUGGUCCCGCUGGUUCUGCAGCGGCGUCAGGAGCUGCAGCGGGGUUCGGGUUGUCGGUGCUGCAGGCCGGGGUUUCUGCCGGAGUGCCGCCGAGUGAGCAGCAGACGGUCCGCGGACCCUGAGCAGCAGGUGAUGUGAGGCGAUGCUCGCUCGCCCACCAUGCCCAGUGUCACGCUGCGGUACUUCUGCUAUGGUUGCCUCGUUACCUCGGCAACCUGGUCCGUCCUCCUCUACCUCUACUUCUUCCUGGGGGCGGAGCCUAGCAGGAACCCCGCACCGCACCGCGGUCAGCCGGUUGGGUCUGACCACAAGAGGGCGGAGCUGUCUCCAGAGAUGGGGAUGAUCUUUAACGAGGCGGACCAGGAGGUCCGAGACGCCGGCUACCAGCGCCACGCCUUCAACGUCCUGAUCUCCAACCGGCUGGGCUUCCACCGCCCGCUGCCAGACACCCGCGACCCGCGGUGCCGUCAGAAGGCGUACCCAGCGGCGCUGCCGGCCGCCAGCGUAGUGAUCUGCUUCUUCAAUGAGGCGCCGUCCGCCCUGCUCAGAACCGUCCACAGCGUUCUGGACCGAAGCCCCGCCCACCUGCUGCACGAAGUCAUCCUGGUGGAUGACCACAGCGAGCUGGAGGAGCUGAAGGACGAGCUGGACCGCUACCUGAGGACGGAGCUGCAGGACAAGGUCCGAUUGGUCCGGAACCGGCAGAGGGAGGGGCUGAUCCGAGGACGCAUGAUCGGAGCCGCCCAUGCCACAGGUGAGGUUCUGGUGUUCCUGGACAGCCACUGCGAGGUGAACGAGGCGUGGCUGCAGCCGCUGCUGGCGCCGGUGCAGGCAGACCGCCGCACCGUGGUCUGCCCCGUCAUCGACAUCAUCUCCGCCGACACGCUGGCGUACUUCGCCUCCCCCAUCGUCCGCGGCGGCUUCAACUGGGGGCUGCACUUCAAGUGGGACCCGGUGCCACCGGCCGAGCUCAGCGGGCCAGACGGCGCCGCCGGACCCUUCAGGUCUCCCACCAUGGCGGGGGGAUUGUUCGCCAUGGACAGGAAGUACUUCUUUGAGCUGGGCCAGUACGACGGCGGCAUGGACAUCUGGGGAGGAGAGAACCUGGAGAUCUCCUUCAGGAUCUGGAUGUGCGGCGGCCAGCUGCUGAUCGUCCCGUGCUCCAGGGUGGGACACAUCUUCAGGAAGAGGCGGCCGUACGGAUCACCUGGAGGACAGGACACCAUGGCCCACAAUUCCUUGCGGCUGGCGCACGUCUGGAUGGACGACUUCAAGGAGCGGUACCUGGCGCUGCGUCCCGAGCUGCGUAACCGUGGUUACGGUGACAUCAGCGAGCGCGUGGCAUUGAGGAAGCGGCUGCAGUGCCGCUCGUUUCGCUGGUACCUGGACACCGUCUACCCCGAGAUGCAGGCCGUUGCCAACGGCAACAAGCAGCCGCCUCCGUUCGCCAACAAAGGCCUGAGGCGGCCCAAGGUCCUGCAGCGUGGUCGGCUGCGUAACCUAGCAACCGGACGCUGCCUGGUGGCGCAGGGGCGGGUCAGCCAGAAGGGCGGCGCCGUCGUCCUGAGGCCGUGUAACCACGGAGACCCGGAGCAGGACUGGUCGUACGACGAGGACGGGCAGCUGGUUCUGGCCGGCCUGCUGUGCCUGGACGUGUCGGAGGUCAGGACCUCUGACCCCCCGCGGCUCAUGAAAUGCCACGGCUCGGGCGGGUCGCAGCAGUGGAGCCUGGGGAAGGCCAACCGGCUCUACCAGGUCUCUGUGGGUCAGUGUCUCGCUGUUUCCCAUCCAGCUGGACCAAAGGGCUAUGUUGCCAUGGCGAUCUGCGACGGUGCCGAGAUGCAGCAGUGGCAGCUGGAGGGCUGACGGACCGGUGGUUCCGGUGGGACCGGGUUCUGGUUCCAGUUCUGGAUUUUAUCUGUAGUUUUUACUGAAGGAACGUUCUGAUUUUUGCUGCUUUUAAUCUCUAAUAAAAUGUUCAGAAUGUC